AUAUAUAAGAGGGCGCUUCGUAUUUGCCACGUUAUGAUAUAGUUGUUGUGAAAAUUGAUAGAAGAUGGUUUCGCUUAUUCAGACUGUAGAUACAGCUCAUGAAGAUAUGAUUCAUGAUGCUGAGAUGGAUUAUUACGGAACUCGUGUGGCCACUUGCUCUUCUGAUCGAUCUGUCAAGAUAUUUGAUGUCCGAAAUGGCACUCAGAAAUUGAUUGCUGAUCUAAGAGAGCAUGAAGGACCUGUAUGGCAGGUGGCAUGGGCACAUCCCAUGUUUGGAAACAUAUUGGCAUCGUGUUCAUAUGAUAGAAAAGUAAUUCUUUGGAAAGAAACUGAUGGAAUUUGGAAGAAAAUAUAUGAAUAUGGUAAUCAUGAUUCUUCAGUUAAUUCAAUCUGUUGGGCACCACACGAGUUUGGUCUAAUGCUAACCUGCGGCAGUUCUGAUGGUGCAGUUUCAGUCAUUUCAAGCUCUGGGGAUGGAAAUUGGGAAACAAAGAAAAUCAACAAUGCUCACACUAUUGGUUGCAAUGCAGUAAGUUGGGCACCCGCAGUUUCGCCUGGUUCUGCAUUAGAACAGUCAAAUGCCCCUCGUCCAGCACCUGUCAAACGAUUUGUGACUGGAGGCUGUGACAAUUUAGUCAAAAUUUGGAAAUAUGUGGAUGAUGAUGAUAAGUGGAUUGAAGAACAGAAAUUGGAAGCUCAUUCUGAUUGGAUAAGGAAUGUGGCUUGGGCACCAUCUAUUGGAUUACAAAGAAGUAUGAUUGCAAGUUGUUCACAGGAUAGAAGAGUUAUGAUCUGGACAAAUAAUGGAACGAACAAUAACUGGACGAAUAUUACACUUCAUACGUUUGAUGACGUAGUCUGGCAGGUCAGCUGGUCCAUAACGGGAAACAUUUUGGCUGUCUCGGCAGGAGAUAAUAAGAUAAGUCUCUGGAAAGAAUCACUGGACGGGCAGUGGGUAUGUAUCAGCGAUAUUAACAAAGGCCAAGGAGAAAUGAUCACCAGUGCAACAGAAAGAACUCUAUGAACAAAUUCCUAUUGUAAUUUUAUUUUUAAGAAGCUUUAAUUAAAUAAAGUUCAUCUUACAAUCUAAA